AGAGGAAAAUGGCGCGGUGUUUAUUUUAUGUAAACAAAUAUUAAAAAUAAAUUACUAAAAACUAAUAGCUGGCAAUAUGGAAAAUAUAUUUGACUUGGAAAAGGAACAGGCGGAAAUGCAAGUCAGUAUAACAUUUGGCGAACUGCAAUGUCUUGCUUGCGAAGAUGUAGUUUCAUGUGUUUCACAAGAAAAAGCAUUAGAAAUUUGCAAACGCAGUGUGACAGAUUUAAGCGCUAAAACUGUGGAAGUGUUGAGUCUCUGGCUGCGAAAACUGCUGCGAGCCUAUUUUAAUGAUGCCAUAUGCUGUAUAGAGGUUUUCAAGUGUUUGUAUGAGUGGUUCAUAAAAUUGAAAGAAGAUGUGAGUCCAGAGAAUAAAACGGCAUGCGAUGAUUUCAUAACAUUGCUAAAUGAUGCAGUGGGCUUUGCUGAGUGGGCCAAGGAAAAGCUGGUUAAAGCUGGCGAACGUUUAAUGCACACAACAGCAUUCUUUUUGCUUUCCAUUGUAAACGGUUGUCUGCAGCAAAGCAUUGAAAACAAUGUGGAUGCAUUAAAGGAGCAUGAACCGCUGGCAAUCGAGCUGCAUAUGACGGUGCUUUUCCUGCUGAAGGAAAUUACUGCCAAUUCCAGCAAAGUACAUGCUCGGAUUACACCCUUGCUGCGACAGCUGAUUGAGAUUGCAGACUUUCUCGGUGCUAAAAUGUCACAUUUGCGUGCAUUUGUGAAAACCAGCAAGACAAUGACAAACAUUUGCACCCACUACUCCAGCAGUGUUGAUCUGAACCAAUCCCUGCCCGAUUGGUUACAGGAAACCAUAUUGCAUCUAUGCGACACUGUUCUCAACAAUCUGGAGAUAGUUUAUCAAAAGGGUGUCUCUUCCGUACCGCUGGAUAAGAUGGAAGAGCAUUUGAAGAUUGCCCAGGCAUAUUUAAUAAUGCUGCACAAACUGUUAAGUUGCGGUGUUAAACAUAUGGACAAAACCGUUUUGGACACCAUGAUAUUGCUAUUAAUGGGCGGUGAAUCUCGACCAACCCACGAUCUGAGCAAGGAAAUUCCAAUACUUGUCUCAAAAUAUGUGCGACCCUAUGUAUUGGAACUUUUUGAGCUAAUCUAUCAGCUGAAUGACUUUCAAAACUACCUUAUGGCAUUGUUGACAGAGCCGGAACAAGCGGAUGAGGAUUACUAUGAGCUUUGCUUGGAUUAUAUCACUGUGGUCAUUAUUGAUAAUACAGAAAUUAUGCCACUCACCUGCCAAACAGUACAGAAAAUCUUUGAAUAUUUGGUCAAAGAUGCUUCAAACUUUACAAAUGCUGCACGCUAUAAUCGACUUUUAGAAGUAUUUGGCAGCCUCUUGUACUUGGCAGACUCUGUAACACUGCUUAAAUACUUUAAUAAUGGACUAUUUCAAGAGGAUCUAAUAAAGUCACAAGUUUGUGCUGAUGUGCUCAUGAUUUGCUUUCGUUUAAGAGAUGAAAAUGAUGGCUGGAGUCAUCCUGAUGUCGUGCAGGCCACCGAUUAUUACAUCAAAUGCAAUAACUUGUAUACUCUGUUCUCGCAGAAUCCGAGUCAGUGGCAUAUACAACGCAUGCUCAGAUAUUUCCAUAAAUUGGGCAACCACGAGCUGCCACUAUUCAAUAUGAAAAACUAUCGCUAUUUACACUGUGUAUCAGCCAGAAUUGAGCAGGAUCAGCGACUGUGGACAAUGCGUCUUCAGCGUAUAUUGAUAGCGCCUUUAAACGACGCUGAGCAGUAUUAUGAAAUGUUAGCUUUGAUGGAAUUGCUGAUGAACAGCCAAUCUGAUUGGCUGCAUCUCUUAGCAGAAAGCGUGAAGGAACUUUUUAAAACCGACAAGUGUAAGCUCCUGGCUAAUAUCUACUUUAAGCUGGGACUCCAAUGUAAUCGAGCUACACAGCUACGCAUAUUGCAGGGAGCAAUGCCUACACAUGAGAUUAUCAAGAGCUGCUGGCAUAUUCAGAAAUUCCUUCAUUCCUGCAAGAAUAGUGAUGAUGCACAGCUCAAAUCCUUGGCUAAUCUACACACAAUUACCACUGAUUUGUUGCCAUUAUUGAAUGCUUUGCAACCGCCGCUAAAUUAUAGGUCCAAUGCAAGCAAAAAUUACAACUUUAAUUACCAACAAUGGGAUUACAAGCGUCUUCAAUUCCAUCGCUGCAAAUUAAGCAGCCAGAAGCGCAAACGAUCGGAGAACGAGCCCAAGGAAUUAAUACAACAACUUGAGAGUAACUCAAAAGAAUUGCUUCUCUACUCUGGCGAAUUAGAUGCAUCCGAUGUGAUGCAGCUGAGGAGCACCAUUAGCAAUUUAAAACAACUUUUAUCAAGCUAGUUAAUAUACAUUUUAUUUCUGUUUAAACAUUGUACAUAUAUUGGCCAACACUCACAUCGUCCACGUCCAUAAUAUAUAAGAAUUUUUGACCCAGUUGCUUUAGUUCGGAUUCUUGAAUUAAGAUACCUGAAAGCAACAGUUUGUACAAUUAUAGAAUAAAAGUUAUGAUAUUUCGUAUACCAGCAAAGGAAGCCGAGAUGAAGCUAACGACGGUUCCAGCUACUAAGGCCCGAACUGCGACAUUUGCUAUAUCGCUCCGUCGACUCGGAGCCAUGGCACUCAGUGAUGCUAUUAUAAUUCCCAAAGAACCUGGAUUCGCAAAACCACAAAGCGCAAAGGUAGCAAUGCCAGCGCUGCGUUCCUAAAAGAGUUAAUGAAUGUAAAAUAAAAUAUGAUCAAAAUGA